AGUAUGCAUUUGAAUUUGCGCUCUCAUUUUACCCGCAUAAAAGGACCAAACAUCCUUUUCUGCCUCCACCUCCGCCCAGGGCUGCUACGAUUGCCUGUGGCGGCGGCGAAACCACCAAUUCUUCCUUCUCCGAGGCGUCUGAAUACAUUUGCAGGAGAGAAAUCAGCAUAUUUUUAAUUUUUUACAUAGAUUUUUUAGAGAUUAGGGUGUUAAGACGGUGGAACCCUUCUGUUUGCUUUAUAUUAAUAUUCAUUCUCGAUGGGAAUGAGCCGGUCACUUGAGACUUCAUACCUUAAGAGGAAAAGACCCGAGGUCGAUACAUUGGGUCUUGUAGAUGCUGAGCGUGCAAUCCUCAAUGCUAUCAAAAGUAAAAAAGAUCUGGGAAUUUGGUUACGAGACAUCAAGCAAGAGACAAAGCUCACUGAUCAUGUUGUCAACAAAUCACUCAAGUCGUUGUUGGCUAGGAAACUGAUAAAAGAGGUUGUAAAUAUCCAAUAAAAAGGGAAAAAACACUACAUGGCAGACGAGUUCGAACCCUCAAAACAAGUCAGUGGAGGCUUAUGGUAUGUUGAUGGAAAUCUCGACAAAGAGCUUGUGAAUGUUAUGAAACAGUUGUGCUUAAGGUGCAUACGCAUUGAAAAGGUUGCUACUCUCGAGAGAGUUCACGAGCAUUUGAAGAAGCAGCAAGUAGUGAAUUUUGAGAUAUCUAGCCAGCAAGUUUUCGAGAUAUUCUACUCGAUGGUUUUAGACAAUGAAAUAAUCGAGGUAAAGAGCACUGGACUCUGGGAGUAUUAUUCCAUUCCUAUCGGAACAGUUUGUUACAGGUUUGAUAGCGGUCCAGUUGUAGCAAAGGGUUCGAAAGUGGGUGCAUUUGCCUCAAUUCCCUGUGGUGCCUGUACUCGGAUCAAUCCAUGUACUCCCAACGGGGUAAUAUCUCCUAGUAAUUGUGCCUACUCCACUAAAUGGUUGAAUAUUGAUUUUUGAUGUGCCAUAUGAUUUAUCUUUAUAAAGUUUGCUUUCAGUA